AUGGCUGGCAGAACGCACGUCUCUUGCUUGCUUCUCUCUCUCCUCUCGGCCACCUUGACGGCGGCUCAGUCCGGCAACGCCUCGACGGUUUACCAGACCCGCUUCGACGGUGUGACCUGGGAUGCCACGAACUGGGUGCUCGCCACAACCGAACUUGACCAAGGGCAUUAUCAAUCUCGUGUUACCGUCGCAAACGGAUAUCAUGGAAUCAGUGUAGCUUCUCUAGGCCCUUUCUUCGAGGUCGAGUCCUCAGUCGACGGCGACAAUGUCAGUGGCUGGCCGCUAACCACCCGACGCCAGACCUUCGCAACCGUCGGUGGAUUCUGGGAUUCUCAACCAACGCUCAAUGGCAGCAAUUUCCCAUGGCUGUCCCAGUAUGGAUGGGAUACUGCCAUCAGCGGCAUCCCUCACUGGGCUGGCAUCGUGGCGGAUCUAGGCGGGAACAAGUUUCUGGCAGCGUCAACCAACCGCAGCACAAUCAGCAACUUCCGAUCGAGCCUAGAUAUGAAGCAAGGUCUAAAGGACUGGGCCUUCACAUGGACUCCAGCGGGCGGCCAAGGGUCAUUCAACGUGUCUUACCAGAUGUUUGCUCACAAACUCAACAUCAACCAAGGAUUCGUCCAGAUGAACAUCACGGCGGCACGAACGACCAACAUCACAAUUGCGAAUGUGAUCAACGGCGAUUGCGCUGUCCGGACAACUGCCGGGCCCAAUGGUGUCGACUCAGGCAUCAUUUACAGUUCCGUCCAGCCUCAGGGUGUGCACAAUGUGACAGCCUACAUUUAUGCUGGCCUAAGCAGUACCGGCGCAACAGUUCGCUCUGUCCAGCAAGGUACGCUUGAACGCCCAUAUGUGGGCAACAACCGUUCGUCAAUCGCGACUGGGCUUGAUGUCACGCUUCGAGCUGGUCAGGUUGCGACAUUCACCAAAUUCGUUGGUAUCGCUUCCACCGAUGGGUUCCUGCAGCCCCAAUCGGUAGCUAGAGAUGCCGCACUCGCAGCUCGAUCCAUCGGCUAUGCUGAGUCGUUGCAGGCCCAUACUGCAGAGUGGGCCAGACUCUUUCCGCCCUCAUCCGUUGACGACUUCUCUUUCCCAGAGAACGGAACCUUGCCCGACGAUGAGUACAUUCUUGACGCGGCAAUUACAGCAGUGGCGAAUCCGUACUAUCUACUUCAAAAUACGCUUUCAGAGAACGCGAUCAACAACACCGUUAACGCCGGCGGUUCGAUCAAUAGCAACAGUAUCUCAGUCGGAGGUCUUGGUUCUGACGCAUAUGCUGGACAGAUCUUUUGGGAUGCUGAGAUCUGGAUGCAGCCGGGUCUCGUUGCUGCUUUCCCGUCCGCCGCAAAAGGCAUCGCCAACUACCGUGUCCAACGCUAUCAACAAGCUCGAAGAAACGUCGGCACUGCUUUCACCUCGUCGAAGAACGAUACCAACUUUACUUCGGCGGCGGCAAUUUUCCCUUGGACAAGCGGGAGAUAUGGGAAUUGCACAGCGACAGGCCCGUGCUGGGACUACCAGUACCACCUCAACGGUGAUAUUGGGCUACAGUUCACGAACUAUUGGAUUACGUCCGGCGACGCAGCCACUUUCCAAAAUGAUUUGUGGCCCAUCUAUGACUCGGUCGCCUCUUUGUACUCUCAGAUCGUCGAAAGAAACGGAGAUGACUGGGUGCUUCGCAACAUGACGGAUCCCGACGAGUAUGCGAAUCACAUUAAUAAUGGCGGCUACACCAUGGCCAUGAUUGCCACUCAUCUCACCCGUGCGAACCAGUUCCGCUCUCAGUUCAAUUCGACACCUAACACCACGUGGGACGACAUUGCUCAGAACGUAUAUAUCGGUGAGGAUGAGGAUUCCGGCGUCACCUUGGAGUUUGUCGGCAUGAACGGUACGGGUGUUGUUAAGCAGGCGGAUAUCAUCCUGAACACCUUCCCUCUAUCCUACACGGGCCAGAACUACACGGCCAACGACUCGCUCAGCGACUUGGACUACUACGCGGCCAAGCAAUCCGUCGAUGGGCCUGCCAUGACAUACGCCAUCUUCUCUGUCAUUGCCAAUCAGAUCUCGCCCUCUGGCUGUUCUGCCUACACCUACGAGCAAUACGGCACUCACCCCUACGUCCGAGGCCCGUGGUUCCAGUUCUCCGAACAAAUGGUCGACAACUGGAACGAGAACGGCGGCACCCACCCGGCGUUCCCAUUCCUGACCGGCCACGGUGGCGCACUGCAAGUCGUGCUGUUCGGAUAUCUGGGGCUUCGCCUGGUCCCGGAUUAUAGCUUGCACGUCGACCCCAACCUCCCUCCUCAGAUCCCACAGAUCCGAUACCGCACUUUUCAUUGGUACGGUAUUCCUAUCCAGGCAUUUUCCAACCAGACGCACACCAUCCUUACACGGAACGCCUCUAUCACGCCGGCCGAGGGCGCGUUCCCCAACGUAACUUUUGCGAAUGCCGCCGUCCCCGUCGUUGUCGGUCCAGUCGGCGCUCCACCACUAUCGACCCACCAACUCUCGCCCAACUCCAGCAUAACCAUCCCCAAUCGACAGAUCGGGCGUAUCCCAACGACGCAAGACAACGUGGCGCAGUGCCUUCCCGCCUCCUCGCCCGACGACUUCCUCCCAGGUCAAUUCCCGCUCGCGGCGGUCGACGGCGCAACCUCGACGAAGUGGCAGCCUAAGUACGCCAACCGGACCAGUUCCAUCACCGUCACUUUGCCCCAGGGCUACCGUGUCCGAAGCUUCGAGUUCAACUGGGCCCAGGCCCCACCGUACAACUACUCCGUCCUCUUCCACAACACCUCCCUCGCCAACCCUUCCGCGGCCUCGCUCCCAACGGGUUCCGGCGUGCAAGUCGUGGCCAACAAUCAGCGCGUCAACAUCACGGACGCGUACAACGUGACUGAACUCAACGCGAUCGAGGCCGUACAACACAAUAUCACCACAUUCGCCAUCCCGCAGGCCGCGGGGCAAGUGUACACGGCCCGGUACGCGACGCUGCGCAUCUGGGGCAGUCUCUUCAGCGCCACAGCGACCGCGAGGAACAUGUUUGGCGACGGAGCCACGGUGGCAGAGUGGAGUAUUAUUGUGGAUGGACUGCCGGAGCCGCCUGUGCCCGGCGGUGCAACGAGGCGAGACGUGCCUUUGGGUGGGAACUUGAAGGCCAGAAACCUGGAUCUAGAUCUGCUUACCAAGUUGGGCCACGUCACGCGAGCACAGGACAUGAGCAGACGGGGCAGGACGUGA